GUUCACUCUCAACUCACCUUCGCUCUUUCAGGUGACGACUGCAAGGCUGUCGUUCUCCAACAUUGCUCAACGCGUCUCCUUCUGUACAAUUUCCUCACAACACCUUUACAAACAAACAUACGUCAACACCAUCUCAAGAGAGCAACAGCCGCAAUGCUAGCAGGCAAUAGUAGCACCACAAUUUCCGCGCCAAGCAAGCAUGACACAGCGAAGAAGUGGUUGCACAACCGGCUAUGGAAGCCAGCAUCGCGGCAGUUCCUGAGGAGUGAUGGUGAUGGCGGAGUGAGGGGAAAGUUCUCGGUGGAGCGGCCACAGACAGCGCCAUCAAGCGGAAGGGAAGCUCCGAAUACCGUACCUCCAGUACCGCAGAUACCCAUCAUGGAGCUGCCCUCGCCGCGUCUCGCCGUCUACCCACCAGCUCGCCCACCACGGCCAGACUCUGGUAUGAUCAGGGAUGUCAACGCAUGGCUAGAUGCAAGCAGCAACGCACCACCACCACAACUUAUGAGCGGGCUGCCAUACUGGCGAUCCACUUCUACACUCGCUCCUACCACAGCGCCGGGAAUGCAGUUCGCUAUCCCUAUCGUGCGGGAGCCAGAACCCAGUCGACCCUUGACACCUUCAGGUCAGCAAAUGAAGUCGAUGUGUCGUCGUGGCGCGAAGAAAGUGCAAGCCAAGAUGCCGUCCCUCCUACGCACAACAUCCCAACGGGCUGCCGCUUGUAAGCACGUCAACCGCCGCUCGGCCUCGAUGCCCCUGCUGGCGAUCGCGUACGAACAGACACGACAAGCUGCUCCACCCAAGAACCUGACGAGAUCCAGAUCGUCCCUGCUUGCGUCGGCGCGGACGUCGGGUUCUAAAUCGCCUACAGAGGAACAAGCGCUGCUGUCAACCGGCCAGCCCUCAGGUGAGCUCCCGGUGCUGGGCAGCACGAGGAUGGGCGUAGCUUUCAGCGGUGGUGAGAGACGGACAGAUCGACGCAGGAAUGCUACGCUCAGACAGAUGACCCGUAGCGGAGAGAGCACACGUCCGUCGACUGCGGGUGCGUACCUCAGUCAAGACGGUUCCAUGAACGACUUGUCUUUGUCUGAAGUACCGACCUACUCCUCGGGCCCUGCCCCGCCAUCAUACUGCUCACGCACUGUUUCAGUCAGGACGACCUCCUCGUUUGGCUGUGUGGACGGGAUCAGCGCUUCGCAGAGGCAAAUCAGCCAGCAGCGCGCCGCCAUGAGGAACCGCGGCGUCAGAGGUCGGGUGAGGGAACUGCGUAAGAUUUUCCAGGGCGAAUAGACAUUGUCUCUCAAGCGAGAACAAAGGCAGAGGGAUGUGACACGCGCAGAGAAGCCACGAUGACGCGCGAUUUCACAUGUAAGAUUUACACUGCAUGCUUCCUCGUCGGUUACGUUAGGCGAUGGCAC